AUGAUAGAAUUUCCCAGGGUGAUGUUCUUCCUCCUUUCGCUCGUUCUUCUAAACGUUUCGAAAGAAUAUAAUAUAAGGAAUAUUGGAGGUAAUAAUCUCAAAAAUUUAAGAUAUCCAGAUAAUGCAGGGGAUAUAACUAUAGCACAUCCAGAUUCUCUAACCCCCAAUGAAGAAGAUCAGCUAGGUAAAAAUGUUAUUCAUAGACAUGCCAACUUCAUUCAAGCAUCUGCUUCCUCAAGAAAUAUGUUACAUGAUAAAGAAAGACAUGCGUCUAAGAAUCUUGUAUCACAUGAAAUCACAGGAGUUGUUAAAGGAAUAAUAGAAGGACAACCCAUAUCAAUAGCUUUAGGAGCACAGUACUCGAAUAAUUUUGAAUCUUUAGAAGUAUUAACAUUAACUGCUUCUAGUCCUACUUUCAGAUUUAAAGUACCUGCAGGUAAAUAUUAUUUACGUACUUUUGGAGCUGCAUAUAUGACGCCUAGUGCUAUAAAAGUAAAUGUGCCUUGUGAAAAAUGUAAAUUUGUAAAUACUCUAUAUACUGAUUCUAUCGAUAUGAGUCCUUAUGAAAAUGACCCUAAUUUGUUUAUAUAUGAAUGGGAAUUACAAUCAUCAGCUCCUAUUGCGUUAGAACAUAUAAAUACGAUACAUAAUGAUGAUGCUGAAUGGACACAUGAACAUGAUUUAUCAAAUGAGUUAAAAUUAGACGGAUCAGGUGCUGCAGCAACUUUAAAAGAAUUUUAUGGAAUUGAAUUAAUGGGUUUAUGGGGAUCUGAAUAUGCAGAUAGGUUACUAAAUGUAAUUGCUAAAUUUCCAAAGUGUAUACAAUUAGUUACUUAUGAUAAGGAAGAAAGAUCUCGACAAAGAAAACAUCAAAAAUGGAUAUUAGUUCAAGAGGAUUUAGGAGCAUUUGAUAUGGAUGUCGAAAUAUUUGGUGAAGGGGAUAAUGAAAAUUACUCUAAAAUAGUACGUGUUUCUAAGGAAGCAUUUGAAUAUUCGAAAAAAAUAGUAAAAAAUCCAGGUAGUAAUGGGAAAUAUUAUUCAAGAAGAUUAGAAAAGGUGUUAAUUCGUGCUCUUUUAUCAUCUGAUUAUGAAUUAUUUUCAACUUAUUUUGAACAGAAACAUGGGGUUACUUUAUUAGACCCAGAGAGAAAUUAUUCCUUAGUAGAACGUGUAACAGGAUAUUCAUAUAAUGAUUAUCAACCUUGGCGUCAAAAUAUUGAAGAGCUUGUUGAAUUAGCUACAUCAUGGGAUGAAUAUCCACAAGGAUUUCAAAAAGUGUCUGGAUUAAAAUAUUUAGGAAGGAGAAAGAAUGGGUUGAAACACCCUGUUUAUCCAACUGCUCCAGCUGUGGCUUUUCCUGCUGGUGCUCAAAGAGAUUCCCUUCUUGAAUUUAUGGAAUCUGCAUUUGUAAAUUAUAGAGAUAUAUCUCAUUUAGUGCUUCACGAAAUUGGGCAUUUUAUAUAUGUAAAUCUUUUAUCUAGCGAAUUAAAAAAUAUUUGGAUAUCAACGGGUCAAUGGUAUGAAGAACCUUUAUCCCCUAGUAAAUGGGCUACUAAAAAUGAGCUAGGCUUCGUUUCUGCAUAUGCACAUGAUAAAACACCAGGCGAAGAUUUCGCAGAAUCAAUUGCUGCCUUUGUGUUGAACCCUAGAUUGUUAAAUUCUAGAAGUAGUAUUAAAUAUAAUUGGAUAAAAUCAAAUGUAUUUAGUGGUAGUUUUUAUGUUACUAAUGGUAAACAUAAAUUUGAAGUUCUAAACCUAGGAAAUGAAAUAUUUUAUUUUCCUGGGAGAGUAAAAAAAAUACAUGCAGAAGUGUUGGGUAGUCCAAGUGAAGAUAAGAAAGUUAAGAUAAAUAUUACUUUAUUAUCCUCUAAGGGAAAAAAAGGAUGUGCUAAGAAUGCAUAUGCAAGAUUUUUUUCUGAACAACAAACUUUUAAAGAUGUAUAUUUUUAUACAGAAGAUCAUUCGGAAUGUAGUCAUAACUUAUAUACUGAGUUUACUAUGAAUCCAAGUGAGAGUAGAGGUAAAUGGGUAGUUGAAUCAUUAACCUUUAAAGGGGAGAAUAAUAUAGAUCGUUACACAGGGCUAGGAUCUUUUAUGUUAUAUUUGUAUAUCAAUAAUCAAGAUGAGGAUAUUGAAAAACCAAUACCAUUACUUGAGUCAGUUUCUAUAUAUCCAUAUAAUGGAGUAGGUACAGAAGAUUCAUUAUUAAGAUUACAAAUUCUAGUACUAGAGGAUAAAAAUUUAAAAAUAUUUGGUGGUACUUAUGCAAGUUUUGCCUCUAGAGAAAAUUCUAGCUACUCGUAUAGUAACCAUACUUACCAAUCUUAUGAUCAAGAAUUAGAUGUAUCAAAAUUAAAUAGAGAUUAUUUUGUAAAUGAUAUCUCUACUAGCGGUUUUAGACAAGUUAGCAUGGAUUCAUGUAGUGCAUAUACAGAUAUGAAUGUACCUAAUUUGAAAUGUUUUCAAGUAAUGAAUCCUGUACAUAUUCCAAAAUAUUGUGUAGGGGGAAGAUAUUACUUCAGACAAUUUGCUGUAGAAGAUGACGCAGGUAAUCAAAAUAUCCUUAACGUUUCAUCUAACAAGUAUUAUGCUGAUUUAGUACCUUCAUCUGAGAGAGAUAGACAAGAACCAGUUGUACGUAAUGUCCAAGUGUCAAGUAAACCAGCUAAUAAUCAACAUGAUGGAGAAACAAUUGUUAAUGUAGAUUUUUCUGUAUAUGAUGACUUAUCUGGAGUAUAUUAUAUUUAUAUAUAUCUAAGAGAUCCUCAUGGUGGUAGGCAUGCAAGCCACAUAGACAGGACGAUAUUACCAAAAGGUAAGGAAUAUAAAUCCAUUAAGCAUCAGAUAUUGUUACCAAAGGGAUCAAUGCCAGGAACAUGGCUGUUAGAAGAAAUUAAGGCCAUUGAUAUGUGCAAGAACGAGUCCAGGAAUGUGUACACCUACAGCGUCUUUGUCGAAAAUAAUUAG